CCCCACAUUCCGAUUCGUUCUUAGCGCCUGCCUAGCGCAAGCUUCAUUGGUGCAUCUAUCGUCGUCAUCCUCCGCGGGAUUCGUGCUACUAACACCUCACUCAUCAAUAUUGCUCAGCCACAACGCCCUGAUGCUCAACCCGUAUCUGCCGUAACGCCGUUGUGCCGACGCAUUAUGGAUUGCGACGAUUGGCGGUCGGGCCUUCCGUGCCUGGAGACCGGAUGAUGACCGGUGGGCGGAAACCGUCAGCUACACCCUGUUCCCACGUUUGCGCAUUCGCGCAGUGGGUCUGACUGCUUGUGACAGCCGUCAGGCAUCCUUCAAGACCACCACGAUGUCUUCGACAACGUUGCUCUCUCCUUCUGCUCACAACCUGCCUUGCUACCUCGAUUGCGAACACGAGCAUUCAUCCCAGACGCAUUUAACAACUUUGCGCAAUGUUCGCCGCGGCAUCGUGUAGCCAUACGCAGGCCAGCCUACCAAGAUUGAGCACAACCAAGCGAAUAUGUAGAAGGGAUUCGCUGUCUUCUUCCAGGACCCGUGAUUCGGGUUACAACAGCGAUCCUGAUUCUCUCUCACCCUUAGAUGCGGGAACGUUGGAUCAGGACAUAUUUUUCGGACCUCCUCCCUGCGUGCCGAGCAUUCUUGUCAACAACAAGGCUACCUUUCUCAAGAGAUGCACCGUCGAUAGGCCAUGGUUGGUUGGACAGAACAACAUUACCAGCAACCCUGCAGAAGUCGUCACCAACCAGACAUUCCUCGACACCACGCCUCCGGAAGCUCCAGAAAUAGGAUUCGUCAAGACUCUUAUUGAUUGUGCACGUAAAGACAGUCCUCAAGAUAGGCCAACAUCAGAAGACGAAGAUAUAGAGAGGUGGAUCGACGACAAUCUUCCAUCCGCUAAGCGUCCCAGAGAAAGAGUGACAUCCAUCGUCUCCAUCUCAUCCACCAGCUCUUGCGACAUGCACACCAACACGGACGUCAGUGAAGACGAAAUGGAGCAUGACAUUCGGCCGAUGCAACCAUCUCCAGCACCCAUGCAGAAAAUUGUUGAGCUCAUCCUACGCAAAGUCGAAAUCAACCUCCGCAAUGCAGCUUACAAGCAAUGUACUGGACGUAGCGCCGCGCACAGCCAAGCUAGAUCCACGCUGCCUUCGGAUCAGACUAGUCGGAAGACGUCUGUGAGCUCAGGAUCAAAGCGCAAGUCCCGUUUGGAGGGCAGCCCGCCGCCAGAAGAUGAUGACGAAGAUGGCUCAAGCAAGCGACGUCGUGGAUCAACGACGACUACCGAUGAGUCUGAGUCCGGCGCGAGGUUCGCAUGUCCUUUCUACAAGCACGACCCCGAUCGGUAUCGCAACAGGAGAACCUGUCCCGGGCCUGGCUGGCCAACCGUUCAUCGAAUGAAAGAGCAUCUCUACCGAUCACAUUCCCAACCGAUAUUUUGUCCAAUCUGCUACGCGACCUUCAAGUCAGACAAGGAGCAAUCGAGUCAUGUGCGUCUGCAGCAAUGCGAGAGAUCAUUACCCCAACAGAUCGAAGGGAUCGAUCGCGAAACUGUGUGGACGUUGAGGAAGCGCACCACUGCAUUGCGACUAGAGGAAGAUAAAUGGAGAGAUGUAUAUCAAGUUCUCUUUCCAGACGUAUCUACUGCUGAGAUACCUAGUCCCUUCUAUGAUUGUGACUCACCUAGUGAAACAUCGCGACGCUUCCGCAGAGACCUUCUGCGCCGCGUGCAAGAGGAACUGCUCAUUGAGGCCGACCAAGUCCCUACUCCCGUCGAGCAACAGCUUCUACAGCGCGUAGCCCAGAUAGUGCGCCGUUGCGAACACGAUCUACUGAACCAGGCGCAGCCGCCGUCCACUCCUGCCUUCAAUCCAGACCGACGUGCAAGUGCCAGUUCUAUAAAUAGCUCGUACCAAGCCACGCCUCUACCUGCAGCCACCCCGGCCUUCCAGAGACCAUCCCUAGCAGUACCAGCGAAUGUGACUGGGAGAGAACACAGAUAUGAUUCCAGCGUCGAACCAGACGCAGUGCCCUAUAUACCAGAGCCCACAAUGGAGUUUGGUGAUGUUGUCUGGAAUGAUCCGCCAUAUAUUUUCGGCACGGGGAUCCAUUGGGAGGCUGUCUUUCCGCCUGCGCCUGAAACGCAGUAUCUGGGGAGUGAUGAGGCGGCUACGAAUUUCUCGGUCCCAAUGUGGACGUAGUCGGUAUCUGUGGUAUGCGGGCAGAGAUGGUAUCCAUGUCUUGAACAGGAUGGAUGCUUCCGAGCAUUUGGUAAAUUUAGAUAUCUCGUAGAUACGGCCGUGGAAUAUACAAUCGACUCUCCACGAUAGUGUUGCUCGAUAACUCCUAGCAAGGCAGAUGGGACUUUAGUCUCUAG